AUGGCAUCCUUCUUUGCAUCCCUACCAUUUGUGCCUCACCCCAUAGCAACAAGAAGUAACAAUUACUUGAUUCUUCCAUCCUCACAAACACCAAAUCCACAAGCAUCUAAUAGCAAUGACAAUAACAAUGUUAAUCAACCUCCACAAUCACUUGAAAACCCAGCUGCCCUCAGUUCUUCUAACUCAGAGCAGCCACAAAUAAUUAGGCCAAUCAACAUGAAGAAAGCAACUGCAGACUCUACUGACUGGAUUGCCUCCGGUUUAACGAGGCGGUUCGGAAUCGGGGCGGGCCUAGCAUGGGUCGGUUUUCUUGCGGUUGGGGUCGUCUCCGAACAAAUCAAGACUCGGUUGGAAGUUUCGCAACAGGAAGCAGGCACAAGAGAUGUUGAGAAGGAAGAAGAGGUGAUUUUGCCUAAUGGCAUAAGGUAUUACGAGCUUAGAGUUGGGGGUGGGGCUUACCCAAGGCCAGGGGACUUGGUGGUGAUCAAUGUGAAGGGCAGCGUGCAAGGCGACCGAGUGUUUGUCGACACGUUUGGGAAUAAGCCGUUGGCUCUUGUAUUGGGUUCGAGGCCGUAUAGUAAAGGGAUUUGUGAAGGCGUAGAAUAUGUGUUGAGGAACAUGAAAGCUGGCGGGAAAAGGCAAGUGGUGGUCCCACCGAGUCUCGGAUUUGGGGAAGAAGGUGCGGAAUUUGGUGAAGGUUUGGAAAUUCCUCGACUGGCGACACUCGAGUAUGUAAUAGAGGUCGAAAAAGUUUCGAUUGCACCCGCUUGA